UGCCCCCAGGCGCGCCUUGUCAUUUGUAAGAUAGUGCGCCUGCAGCCGCGUUUGGGAGGAAUCAGGUGCAGUCAGGCUUCCUGGUUUGGGCGUCGAUGCCAAAGCCAGCUCCCUUCGCCAGCCAGGACGGCAACUUUGGCGGCUCCUUUAGGAACUGGAGCCUGGCGUGACUCAACAGCCCUGGCUGGGAGCCUUGCUCUCAGGUUUCACCCGAUUCAGCAGGCGUCUCUCAGGUACCUGAAUGUUGACUUUGUAUCUGAAGAUCCUGGAACUUUUCUCUUGAACUAAACUUGGUUCAAAUCCUACCACAUAUAUAUAGUACACAAGUGCUUAAGAAUUUCUGGAAUCCUCUGGUAAGACAAAUCCAAGUAACAGAAGGAGUUCUAUGCAGGAAGAUGCAGCCCCUGAACAACUUGAUGGCUAUCUCAAAACCUGAAAACCCAGCUCUAUGUGAACAAAGUGAUGUCUUGAGAGCAAACUUGUCUUGGCAGCAGGAAACCAUCCCAGUCAUGGAGACCUAUAACUCUGAGGCCUCUCGUCGAAAGUUCAGACAUUUUCAGUACUUGGAAGUGUCUGGUCCUCAGGAAGCCCUGAGCCAACUCUGGGAGCUGUGUCUUCAGUGGCUGAGACCAGAGAUUCAUACAAAGAAGCAGAUCCUAGAGCUGUUGGUGCUGGAGCAAUUCCUGACAAUUCUCCCUGAAGAGGUCAGGACUUGGGUAAAUUUACAACAUCCAAAGAGCAGCAAAGAAGUGGUGACCCUCAUAGAGGAUGUGAUUGAAAUGCAUAAAGACAAAGAUAUACCCUGCAAGGAUUCUGUCCUACUCCAGAAGGGGAGCAUCAAGGAGAAAAAGGAAGCUGACUCACUAACGGGCAAAUUUCAGGAACCAGUGACAUUCAAAGAUGUGGUUGUGGAAUUCAGCGAGGAAGAGUGGGGGCACCUGGACCCUGCUGUAAAGAGCCUGUACAGGGAUGUGAUGCUGGAGAACUACAGGAACCUGAAUUCAUUACGUAAAGAGCACCUAUUUUCCAAACCAGAUGAGGUCCCCAAGUUGGAGUGUAAGAAAAAAAGAUGGAUAACGGAGCAAGAAAUCCCAAGAACAAUCAUUUUUGACAGACAGACAAUUUCAGAAAAUCAAGAUUCAGUUCUGAAGCAGAGAAUUUCUGGAGAAGAAUCAUCCCAUGGAGUGAUUAUGACAAGACUAACCCAAAGUGGACCUUCUUUAGAUGCCUGGAAAAGUGAUGAUUGGGAUCAUUGGGACAUAAAUUUGCCUCAAGGAGCUUUCAUUCAUAAGACAGUGUACACUGAGGAGGGAGACUUUGAAUGUAGUGAAAAUAAAAAUUUUGACGUUAAGUCAGUUAACUCAGUUUUUGAUAAACAACAAGGAUUUCCUAUGAGAAAAGAGUCCCUAAAAUGUGAUAAGUUUAAAACUCAGUUCAAAUUUAAUUUAGACUCAGUAGGUAAGCAACAUUCAGAAUAUAAUGAAUGUGAGAGUGCCAUGAGCCUGAGUAUAGAUAUUCGUCACCCAAAAAGUCAUACCACAAUGAAUUCCUAUGAAUGUUAUCAGUGUGGAAAAGCCUUCAGCCGUAGUUCAUCUCUUAUUCGACAUCAGAUCAUUCACACAGGAGAGAAACCCUAUAAAUGCAGUGAAUGUGGGAGAUUCUUCAACAGACGUACAAACCUCACUAAGCAUCAAAAACUUCAUACUGAGGCAAAGGCCUACGAAGGCAAUAAAUGUGGAAUCACAUUCAGUAAGAGUGAAGACAGUAAUAAACAUCCAAGUCUCCAUCCUGGAGAUAAUGCCUAUGAAUGUGUUAACUGUGGAAAGUCCUUCAACCGGAGCUCUUCGCUUAUUCGACAUCAAAUGAUUCAUACUGGAGAGAAACCAUUUAAAUGUAAGGAAUGUGAGAAAACCUUCAACAGGAGUUCAAACCUUACUAAACACCAAAAACUUCAUACUCGGGAGAAGUCCUAUAACAGGAAGAAAUGUGGCCUUACUUUCAGUCAGAGUGCAGAACUCAUUCACCAUCCAUGAAUUUAUGCUGAAAGGAAUCCUAUGAAAGUCAAGUGGAAGAAAAUUUAUCAUAGAUGAUUAUUUAAUUGAUAUGACAGAAUUAAUUUCGGAGAGAAAUAUAUUACUGGAUAGAAAUCUGAGGGAGCUUUUCCAGGCUUCCAGAUGAAGCCACAGGGUUUGGCAUUAAACAUACCACCAUACAAGUAUUUGUCUAUCAUUAUUCUGAGGUCCAUUACCAUCAUCUUUCCUUAGUUCAUACAUAGGACCUAUUUUACUUGAUAUAUUGAUGAAGUACAUAUUAGGGAGGAGCCAAGCAAUAUCUUUGGACUUGAUAUUUAAUAAAACUCAAACUUUAAAUUCUUAUAAGAAGGACACAAGAAACCAAGAACUCACAGGUAUAUAGGAGGACAUUUCUAAGGACUGAAUUCUGAAUUAAUAGCAAAGACCAGAGUGACAGCCAGUACUCCACCCAUGAUAAUAUCCUUGGCUGUCCUGGGGCUGGAUGGGGACUAGAAUUGGAAGAGGGUUAUCAUCUGCAAUGGGAAGUGGAUAUGUUAUUGCUAAUCUACCUGUAUUCUUUAAUGUCUGUAUUUUUUUUUUUUAAGUAUUCCUUGGGAUCGAAGCUGGAGAGACAUUCAUAGCCCUAACUCUAUCACUUAUCCUAAACAUUAAAAGGUCAAUAAAGUGUCCUACUACUUUGUACACCA